AUGGGGUCGAGGAUUCGGUCUGUUGGGUUCCAUCUUUGGGAAGGACAGUGCACUAAAUCAGUCAAACAGUGUUUUUGGACUCGUGUUUUAUAUACUACAAAUGCUACUUGGUAUGACAGCAAGUGCAGUAGCAGCUCUAAUCCUCAUGACAUCCUCCAUAGUGUCUGUAGUAGGGUCAUUGUACUUGGCAUACAUUCUGUACUUCGUGCUGAAGGAAUUUUGCAUUGUCUGCGUCAUCACAUAUUUGCUGAACUUCAUUCUCUUUAUCAUCAACUACAAACGAUUAGUUUAUUUGAACGAGGCCUGGAAACGGCAACUCCAACCCAAACAGGAAUAACACCUGUUUGAACUUUUGACUGACAGUCUGAAGACCCAACUUCCAUUAAGUUUAUUUUGCAGUAAUUUUUUAUUCUCCAUAUCAGACACUUUCCCUGAGAAUCGUAACUGAAUUUUUAAUUAUAAAUUUUAAGGGGCCCCAGAUAAUUUUAUUUUUUUUGCGUGCUAAUCUUCGAUUUCAAUGUGGUUAUGAAAGAAAGCUCUAAUACAAUCAAAGACAAGCUUUAACUUUACUUUGAAGGAGUUGUAGCCACAGCAAAACCUAGACUCUCUCUUCCCCCUCCACCUGUGAAGUGGGUAACACUCGCUAUAAAAUAUCCUGUACAUAAAUUCAGGUAUAACAAGAUGUGAUCAUGACAUUAAAUAUUCUAGAUUAGCAUCACCAUAUUUAAUGUUGCCAUGUUUACAGUAUGUGUAUUACCUUUUUUUUUUUUAGCUGAUGGACUUAGAUUUGACUAGGACUUAUACUGUAAAUAAAACUAGAACUAUUGGUUCCAUCCCUGGAGAACUCACUGUACAAUCAGUUCUGGUAGCCAAGGAGCUGUCAGAGGGCUCAGCUAACACUCAACUGACACGAUGGAAGAAGUGACCUCUAAAGAGAACACGGAGUUGCUGCGCUCACUCUAGUGCUUUCACAACAAUGAUGGUUGGGGUUUGAUCCAUUUCUUCUUUCUUUUUUUGUCUCCAGUAAUGAAAAUGGAAUUAAAGCUGAAACCUGAAGUAUGUUC